AUGGUGAUGGACGAGCCGAGCUUCUUCCACCAGUGGCAGUCGGACGCGCUGCUGGAGCAGUACACGGAGCAGCAGAUCGCGGUGGCGUUCGGGCAGGGGGAGGUGGACCACGCCGUGGCGGCGGCGCUGUCGACGAUGCCGAUGCUGCAGCAGCAGCAGCCCGCGGCGGCCGAGCACCCGCACCGCCCGCGCAAGGCCGCCAAGGUCAACACCAGCUGGGACUCGUGCAUCACAGAGCAGGGCUCCCCCGCGGACUCCUCCUCGCGGACCAUGCUCUCCUUCGGCGGCCAUGCCGCUGCCGCGGCUGCGUUCGCCAAGGCGGAGCCGAUGCACCACGCGCCUAACGCCGCGUACUUCGGCGCCGCGAAGGCGCCGAAGCAGGAGGUGGUGGACGCCGCCGCCGCCACGCUGCCGUUCCAGCAGCCGCACCCGGCCAAGCGUUCCUACGACGACAUGGCCGCGGUUGCCGAGGCCGCCAAUAAGGCGCCGGCCGCCGCCGCCACACGCCCGGCGUCGCAGAACCAGGACCACAUCUUGGCCGAGCGGAAGCGCCGCGAGAAGCUCAGCCAGCGCUUCAUCGCCCUCUCCAAGAUCGUCCCUGGCCUCAAGAAGAUGGACAAGGCAUCGGUGCUCGGCGACGCGAUCAAGUACGUGAAACAGCUGCAGGACCAGGUGAAGGGGCUGGAGGAUGAGGCCCGGCGGCGCCCGGUCGAGGCGGCGGUGCUGGUCAAGAAGUCCCAGCUGUCCGCCGACGACGACGAGGGCUCCUCCUGCGACGAGAACUUCGUGGGCACCGACGCUUCCGGCACGCUGCCGGAGAUCGAGGCCCGGGUGUCUGACCGCACGGUGCUCGUCAGGAUCCACUGCGAGAACCGCAAGGGGGUGCUCAUCGCUGCCCUCUCCGAGAUCGAGCGCCUCGGCCUCUCCAUCAUGAACACCAAUGUGCUCCCCUUCACCACCUCCUCCCUCGACAUCACCAUCAUGGCCAUGGCUGGUGACGACUUCUGCAUGUCUGUCAAGGAUAUUGUCAAGAAGCUAAAUCAAGCGUUCAAAUCAUCCUUCUGA